AUUAUUUAUUUGAAACCCAAAACUGAAAAAAAUUGCUUUAGAUUGUCGGUCUGGUAUUUAUGACAUUGCGGAUAAAUAUAUUUGUUUUCGAUGUUCCAAGAUGGUGGCUGGCAUUCGACGUGUCAAACAAAUUUUACAUCCGGAAAUGAUUUUCUCACAUUUUAUAUUGUUUUAUGGUAUAUUAUUAUGUACCGUUUGCAAGGUUAAUUCUGCACCACCGUAUAACGUUCCUGGUGGAGGAUUAGGUGGAGCGCAAGAUCCCAAUGUACCCCAAAUGGCGCAAGGAGCUGGUGGACUGAAUCCACAGCAACAAGGACUGCCAAUGGCAAAUGCGGCGAGGCAAGCGGCUAACAUUGGCAUGGGUAAUAUGCAAGGGCAAGCAAACCAUGGUGGUGGUAUGCAAGGGGGAAACCUUGGUGGUGGUAUGCAAGGGGCCAACUUCCAAGGUGGGGCAAACCAUGGCAUGGGUAAUGCGCAAGUGCCACUUCAAAGGCCAGUUGGAGAACAAAAGAAGUUUAAGCUGUCCUCUCAUCCAGAUUGUCAAGAGGAUGUGGAAACAUUCUGUAACACUAAAAGUUUGACACAGCAUAACUUUGCAGUACUAGAUUGUUUACAGGGAGAUAUUGACAUUCAGUCAAAGGUGUCUGACAAGUGCCAGAAUCUUCUUUACCACUACAAGAGAAACCUCACUAAAGAUGACCGCUUCGAGUCAGGGGCAAGUGAAGUGUGUCGCACUGUAUUCGAUCAAUAUCCGGAAUGCAAGAACCUUCCAUCAGGCCAAGGAGUGAGAAUUCCAUGUUUGAUCGAACAAAUGGACAACAUCACCGACAAGAACUGUCGCAGGUUUCUCAAAAGGAUGGCAAACAUUGUGUUCGGUGAUUAUCAGCUCGUCUGGCACUUCCACGAGAACUGUGCUAAAGAUAUAGCAGAAACACAGUGUGGAAGACUUGAUGAUGGUGAUACUAAUAAACCACAUAUGCAAGGGAAGACAAUCCUAUGUCUGGCCAAGAAGAUAUCAAAGCUUGAUAGCAAGUGUAAGAAACAGGUCCUGCGCGUGGCAGAGUUGCAGUCCGAUGAUUAUCAUCUCGACAGACCUUUGUAUUAUGCAUGCAGAGAUGCCAGGGAACAGUUUUGCGAUACUGUGCAAGCUGGGGGAGGGAAAGUGUUUGACUGUCUGUUUAAACACAAAAAUUCUCCUGGAAUGGCAGAUGAGUGUAAAGAACUGUUGACGAUUAGACAGCAACUAAUAGCGGAAGAUGUGCGAGUGAAAAAAUCCUUCUUCGAAGCGUGCAAACACGACAUCAGACAGAACCAUUGUUUACGUGCCAUGCCAUCUGCCGAUGAAAAUACAGAACGUUCUCAUGUCUUGUUGUGUCUUGAAAAUGCGUUAAAAUCUGACCGAAAGCUGUCUGGGCAGUGUAUUGGAGAGAUGACCCAGCUUAGGAAAUCUUUAAUGGAAGAUUACCAGAUUACACCGGAAAUAGUAACAAAGUGUGAUGUGGAAAUAAAUAAGUACUGUAAUAAAGGAGUUGACAGGGAAGGUAGAACUUUACACUGCCUCAUGGAGAACGCCAAUCCUAGACAGAGACAGAGACAGAGGAAUGAUCCACAUGAAGAAAUACCAGAGUUCAGUGUCGAGUGUAAAGCAGCGCUUGAAACGUUAAUGAGAGAGGCUGACGUUGGUUCUGACUUCACAGUGGAUAAAAUUUUAGCUGAAGCCUGCAGUGAAGUGUUACAGAAUGAUUGUAAAAAUGCUGGAAGUUCAGGAACUAUAAACUGUUUGAUGGAGAAAGUGGACUCUGAUCAUAUGACAGAUGAAUGUGAGGAUAGGCUACUGGAAAUACAGUUCUUCAUUGUCAGAGAUUUCAGGUUAGAUGUUGAACUGUACCAGGAGUGUCAUAAAGAUGCUGUAGAGUAUUGUAGUGCCCCUGUUGACUGGAGUACCAACGUGGCCACAGCUGAUAUAUCCCCAAUGGUCUUCCCAUGCCUCUACAGGCACAUGAAACAAGAAGCACAAAUGAGCAAGAGAUGUGUGCACCAGAUUCAUCGUGUGAUGAGAAGGCGGGCCAAGAGAAUUGACCUUGAACCAGAGGUGGAGGAGGCUUGUCUCAAAGAUCUAGGAGCAUUGUGCUCUGAUCUGCAGCAUUAUGGGAAAGGAAAAGAGAUGUCUUGCCUUCAAGAUAAUCUGGAGUCUAUAGAGGAUGAGAAAUGUGAGGAACUGGUACGAGAAUUCACGGAGGAUCAGGAUGAGGACCUUGAUCUAGAUACCGUUCUUAUGAGAGCUUGUACACCAAUGAUAAAAAAAUUCUGUGAGGAGCUGCUGAAACAUGAUGCACAGGCCGGGGAUGUGAUGGAUUGCCUUGUUGACAACAAGAACCACCAUGAAAUGAAUGAUAAAUGUAAAGCUGGAAUUGAACAUCAUCAAGUGAUACAACUCAAGGACUUCAGGUUCUCACACAGGUUCAAGGAAGCAUGUAAAACAGAUGUUAUGAAUUACUGUAAAGAAAAGAGAAAGAAGACAGAGAUAGUAUCAUGUCUAAGUGAGAUAGUGCGGGACAAUGUACUGAAAGAAGAAAAGCAGGUUAUUUCUGAUAACUGUAGAAACCAACUGCGAGUAGAAGUUCUGUCCAGAAGUGAGACCAUAGAUCUGGAUCCAGAAUUGAAGCAAGCAUGUAGCGAAUCUAUAGCAGAACACUGUAAGGGCAAACAUGCAGGCAAUUCUGAGGUUAUAGAAUGUUUAAAGAAGCAUGCAAGAAAAUUAACACCAGAAUGUCACAAGAAGAUUUUCCAGAGGGAGGUAGAUGAAGCAGUGCAAGGGGCAGAUUUCAUCUUGUUCAGAGAAUGUAAACAAAUGAUAAAGACAUACUGCAGUCACAAGGACCAUGAAGAUGUUUUUGACUGUUUGAAAAUGAGUCUGAACAGUGAUGGUUUUGAUGCGCAAUGUCGAGGUGUUGUCUUGAGACGAGCUAUGCAACAAACCAAAGAUUACAGACUGAAUCCAAGUUUGGCUAAAUCAUGUCGUCUAGAUAUACCAAAGUUCUGUAGGAAAGAAAUCUCAGAAGCCAGUCAUGUUUCUAACACAGAAUAUGAAGGGACAGUUAUCAAUUGCUUGAAGAUACAUUUUAUCAAAAAGGAGCUUUCAAGGGAGUGUCACACAGAAAUAAAGGCCUUGGUAAAAGACACUAAACUGGACAUAAAUAUGGAUCCUGUGUUAAUGCAUGCCUGCGAAAAACAGAUUAAAGCCUACUGCAGUAAUGAGAUAGGAGAUGUGGAAGCAAAUGAGUUGAAAUUUUCUCCACAUGAAUCUGGAGAUAAAGUGCAAAUGUGUCUACAGGAAAAGUACAAGGAGGGAAAAGUCCUUCAAACUUCUCCCUGUGGAAGGGAGGUAGCUCGUACUAUAGAGGAAGCACACGUAGAUAUAAACAUUGACCCUCAGUUACAUGCAGCAUGCCAACGUGAUCUCGAUGUAUGGUGUCGAGAUGUUCCAUCUGGCGAGGGACAAAAAAUGACUUGCCUUCUGUCUGUACUGGAGGACUACCCAGAUAGAAUGAAAGCAAAAUGUAGCAGCCUUUUGGCUCAGCGCAGAAGUCUGUGGGAAUAUGCUGCCAAGUAUGCCCCAGCAGAAUCACUCAGCGAAUUAAGCCAGCAAGUUAUGACGUCUCCAGCAAAAAAUUAUUUACUUGGGGUUUUAAUGACAAUCAUUGGAAUUAUAUUUAUUGUUGGUAUUACAUGUGGAAGAGUGACUAAACGUGUUACCAGGGAACAGAAGACCAAAUAACAUUACUGCACUUCUAUUUAUGUAUAAGUGAGUGAAUGGUUUUAAACUGUGAAUGAUGGCCGGCAAACAAAUUUAAAAGGAAUAAAAGAGAACAGUUGUAUCUGUGUAAAACAUGGCUUGUGGAGAAAAUGCUUUAAAGCUCAAAAGUUGGCCUUUUUUAUCAAGUCUUAAGUUAGGACAGUGUUCCAUAUGUAUGUACUCCAUGUCCACAUUACAUCAAUUUUGACAGUCGUAUAAAGAAUAAAUGAGCCGUGCCAUGGGAAAACCAACAUAGUGGGUGUGCGACCAGCAUGGAUCCAGACCAGCCUGCGCAUCCGCGCAGUCUGGUCAGGAUCCAUGCUGUUCGCUAACAGUUUCUUGAAUUCCAAUAGGCUUUAAAAGCGAACAGCAUGGAGCCUGACCAGACUGCAUGGAUGCGCAGGCUGGUCUGGAUCCAUGCUGGUCGCACACCCACUAUGUUGGUUUUCCCAUGGCACGGCUCAAAUGGGUUUAUUCCAUCUAAGGAAUAAAGCAUGAGGAAGACUCUGGAUAAUAAACAUGUGGAGUACUGGCAAUAGCCAUCAGAAAAUUUUUGCAAAAAUAUAUAUGUUAUACCAUAGUCCUGCUUAUUUAUGUCCUGGGUAUACAUUGGCCUAAUAAUUUAUGGUCACUAUGUUGCGAUAAUUUGAUGCAUCAAUAUAAGCCAUGCUCACUGUAUAGCAACACUAUGGUUGAGCAGCAAAGCAAAUCUUAUUGCAUAGAUAAGCAGAAGUAAUAUCUGAUUCAGAAGUAAAAAAGCUCAUGUCUUGAAGAAGAUAUACAUGUAUAGUUUUUACUAAUGUGGAAGGUAUUAACAAAUAGAUGCAUUUUUUGUUAACACAGUUUGUUUUAGAAACAUUUUCUUAUAUAUAUAUAUAUGUUUAUGGAUAUAUGAUGUUUUAAAGUGCUAACGAAAAAAAGAAUUUGCCAUAUGUAUUAUGUGAUAAGAUUAUAAAUAGUACUUUGGCACUUUUAAAUAGUGCUUUGGUAUUUAUACACUUACAUUGUCUAGUUAAUUGAAAUACAAAUGGAUUUGUUACAGUAGAGUACAGAUUGCAGCUAUUUUGCCUGAAAGAAAUGGAUAUAUGUAAAAUGUAUGGGUAUAGCUUACGGUAGUUCUGCAUAUUUGGAUCAAAAUUUUUUCUACGAUAUAGAAUUUGAUUAAACUCAGUUUUCAAAACUUCAGAAUAUACCUAGAAAAUUCAGCAAUUAAAAAGAUAGUCAUGUGUUUCAUUUUUUGCUAGACUAAUUUGAAAACUUUAGACCUCACACAAUUUUUCAUAAUGGAAGUCUAUGGGAAAAUCAUAACUUUCAUAGCAUUUUCAUUCAUAGAAAUUUUUCUACAAUGUAGAAUUUAGUGAAACUUCCCACAGCUGUAAAUAAACAUAUAGCCUAUAAUGUGGUGAAAUAAAAUGUAUAUGUCCAUGUGCUUAUUUUUGAGAUAUUUGACCAUAAUUAAAGUGAACCGCACUUUUCAUGCUAAUUUUAAGACAUUAUUUUGAAUUUUUUUACAUGGCAGAUGUUUUAAUAUCAUAUUUUAACUUUAGAAAGAAAGACAGUAACAGUGCCAUUGUAAUAAAUUUAUUCACAGGUUGCUAUUGUUUUCUAAAAUAAUUUUCAUUUCCGUAGCCGAAUCCAGGCUUUAUUCUACGUUUUCCGGAUAAAUGACAUUAUGCCAUCACUUCCAGUUUAUCAGACAUGCAGAACUACCUUAAAAUUCUGUAUGAACCUGUCCACAAAGGUUUUUUUUUUAUGUAACAUACAUGGUCCUUUUCUUUGAAGGCAUGGAAGACCAGUCCAGUGUUAUGAAAUUUAGAUUUAAAACCAAUCUGAAAAAGAAAAACCCAACAUCUGAAUGGUUGUUUCAUAGCUUUGUAUUUAAACAGACCAAUCACUUGAUGGGAUUUUAGACUGGUACCCAAACUUAGUAUAUAUGAAAAGAGCCUGGAGUUUUUAUCAAAUGAAGACCAAUAUCUUUUCAUGCAAGUUAUGGUUGCCUAUUUACAAAACAUCUGUAAUCAGUAAAGGAAAUUGAUGAUACUUCAAAUGUAAUCAGUGCUGUUAGUUCAGGAAUUGUCAUCCAAUACCUAGUACAAUCAGCUAUUUGUGUUUAAAUGAUUGCUAUUGUCAUCACAAAAAGCCCCUGCUUAUUUUUCCAUAGGCUGUCGAAAUCACUGAGAGUACAUGUUUACUAACUUCUCUAAAAAUACUUUUUGAAGUUGGUAAUUAUUUUUAACUGGGUAUUUAGAAUUCUAUAUCCAAACCCAGAAUGAGUAGCUUGAGCAUGUUGGCUCACUCUUGCAGUUUGUAUGGUACUAGCCAUUUACCUUGGUUUUGGUCGCUCAACACAGUAGAUCUCUCUGGCUUUUAUGCCCAUACUUUCGCAAUCUUGAUUUACUUAAACAAUUACAGCCUUGGUAAGAAUGAGCAGGGAAUGAAAGUGGGAUUUGGUCCCGAGACUACAAAGUAGUAUGACAGAAUGUUUGUAAAUGAGAAUAUACUUUGUUAAUGAUUCCAGUUGUUGUAACGAUAAAUUAUUUUUGAUAGAUGUUGUUACUUUAUGUGAUAUGUUUGUCGUGUUUUGUACUUUAACAAUGUAGUUGUAGCUUUGAAAGUGACCAGUUUGAGAUAUUUUAUUACCCAUUAGGGUCAAGACCACAUUGUCCUCUUUAACACCAUUAUGUGUUUAUUUUCUGGGAAAAUAGACUUUUACUUGUCUGGAUAAACUUACAAGCUUCAAAGUGACUGGACAGUGGUUAAGGCCAAAGACUUGGUCAUUUUGUCUAUCAUGGCGGCAAGUUUGAAACCCCACUCAAGAUGCAGGAUUUUUUCAUAUAAGGUAGCGGUGCAUCUGGGAGUCAGAAGGUCAGUGGCUCUACCUGCAGGUGGGAAUGGUGGGAAAUAAUUUGUAGCUUUUUUGCCACCUUAAAUAAGAUUUUUUUUUGUUAGAGAAAUCAUGAACAAAUUUUGUCAACUAAUAAACAUACUAGGUUUGUUAGCUUUACUUUACCAUUUUUGUUGUAAGUUUAUGUGAAUUUUUCAGCAUGAAUAUAUAUGUGUGCUUUGCAAUGUUUUGAUCUGAUAAAAUAUGUUGUUUAUACUCUUUCUAUGAUUUGAGAUUUUUGUUAUUGUUGAUUUAAUCUGUUAACUUACCAUUGACUGUUAAUCUUAGAAUGUAGUUUUUAGAAGAUAUAAUAACAAGUGUCAAAUAAUUUGACAUGUCUCAUUUAAAUUUCCAAGGCAUUAAUAUUUGGAAUAUAGAUUAAUUUGCGUAACUGUUUUUGCAUUUUAGUAAAAUCUGUUAUCUAUGAACUUCCAAUUAACAGAUACUUAACUUGAUAGUAACUGUGACACAUUUUUAUGGGUCCAUCGAGCUGAACUGGAAGAUGUUUGGCUGUGUGAGUCAGGGACAAUAUCGAUGUAAUGCCACAUUUAAAGAUAUUUCAGUUUGGUAAUAAAAAUGGUUUCUGAUUGACAGCUGGAGAACAUGCGAUCCUUUGGCCACCAAAGUUAACAGUGUUAUUGCCUAUGGCCAGUAAUAAAUUGUUUAAAAAUGCAAAGAAAAAUGUAGUAAAGUUUAGGAAAGGCCCCAUUCAUAGUGAAGUUGACAUUGCAUGUGAUAUAACUAAGUAUAUGUAGUAUAGAUGGGUAAAAUUUUAUAAAAAAAAAAAAAGAGCAGAUAAACAAAUCUGUACAUGAGUUACGUUUUAACAUGCUAAUUUGCUAGCUCUGGAGUAAUGCUGAAAAUGCAUUAAAGUUUAAUUUGCAGUAAGUUUUUUGUCAACAUUUCAGUCUUUGAAAACUAUUCUAUUGGUUGAUGGGUAAAACAAAGUGAUUUAUUGGGUUCUAGGCAGUAGUUAUAUAUAAAAAAAACUAAAGUCUACUGUAAUCAGUAAAUUUUCUAGAAAGGUAAUAACACCGUAAAAAGGAUUUUGUGAAGUAUUUAUCUGUUAUAUACACCCAUCAUUCACACAAAGAGUCCCAGCUGUGAAUUGCAACUUCCAAAAAUAUUUAGUUUCUCUUCAUUUAUUAUUUUUGAUAUUUUAUUUAUUUUUUUCUGUCGAACAUUUUUGAUAUUGUAAUGUGUAUUCAGAGACUUGCCACUUUUAAGUUUUACUCUCAUGGCUUACUAGAUGUUACUGGAAUGAUUUUACCAGAUAUAGAUAUGAGUCACAAUCUACAAUAAUAAAUGGAUAAUUGCUCCCUUAUGACAAGACAGUAACCCAUUUUGUGCGCUGAAGUCACAAUAUGUUCAAGGUAGAUUAUACGUAGAUAGCAUGGUUCAGUGGAGAAGAAACCUGUUUUUUGUGAUGUUUUUUAAUAGAAAAGAACAAUUUGUGAACAGAUGAGGUUGAGAUGAACCUCACAAAUCACAGGUAUACAAAACAGUAAACAGUAAAAUUACUCCAAAAAGAUAAGAAGUUGCAUGUUGCCAGUUCCAAAAUGUUUUUUGUGCUUUUUUGCGAUGUUAAUCAUGUUUUCCAUAGUUACAGUGCAGAUUCUUGCUUUAAAUCACAUGGUAGGUCAAUGUUUGCCAUUUUGGUAGCUCUAACUUCAUGAUUCAUCAUAGGAAUUUGGGUCGCAUGCCACAAAAUCAUUAAAACUUGGGUCACGUGACAGUAUUGAUUUGUCGAAGUCCUGAUUUUGGAACUCAUUUUACAUCUUGCCUUAUUUUACAAGAUAUUUUUCUUUCUUCAAGCAUGACCCGCCACUUUUCUUUAGAUUGUUAUUUAGCACUAAAACUUUUCUUUAGAUUGUUAUUUAGCACUAAUACAAGGUAUUAUAAGUUAAGCUCAUUGAAAGAAGGGUCCAGGAGCGAAUUUAAUGUCGGUCCAAUUAACUGUAAAAUUAUUGUUGAUAUUGUGGUGGUGUUGAUCUUUUUAGUGGCAUAAGAUAUAUUUGAUGAUAGCAACUUUUAUGGCCAGAAAUGUAUUUCCCCUUUGUAGAAUUCUGGCCAGUGAAAAAUCCUGAAUUACUUUUAUUUUACCAGGAAAAUGUUGCUUUUAUGCUUACUUAAAUUUGUUAACAACACUUUAUUGUAUCUUAAUUAGCUGAAAUUUUCGAUAGGAUGUAACAUAUCAAAAUCAUUUUUUUAUAAGUUUGAUUAAAAACUAAUUUGAAAUUUAAAAAAAGUUAUAUUACCACCCUUUAAGCUCCUGAGACUGAUGUAUAAUGUGAAUAAUAUUGUCUUUGAUUAAGAAAAUACUUUGUUGCUGAAAAAGGUAGACCAAAUAUUAGUAUGGUUUUACAUACUUUGACAUAAUUUUGAAUUUACAAUGCCAUUGUUGCAUAAUCAAAUUGGAAUGAGAUUUGUACUUUUUUGUGUUUAAAUUAUGAUUGUGUAAGAAGAGAAUGUAUAUACUUGCUGUUGUGUUAAGGACAAUUAUAAAUAUCUUAUAGCAGUUAUUCAUUAAAUUUCAAUUUAGAACAUCAUUAAAUUCUAAGAAAAGAAAGAAAAAAACAGCCUAGAACUCAAGGAAUCACAAUGUUUUUGCUCCUUUAUUUUACGAGCAAAUGGAAUUGCUUUCUUAAUUAGAAAAAAGGACUUCAGGAUUUAAAUUUGACCAAAGAAUGGAUAGUUUGCAUAAGCCUUUGAUGAACCCUGUAGCAUAGAAGUAUGAAUUAUUGUUUUAAAUUUUCCUAACCUGUAAAGUAUCAUGAUAUAUUGAUGUUUAUUACAUGACUGCAUACAUAAAUUGCUGGUCCAUAGUUUGUGCUAUUGACUGGUGUAUAGUCCAGCAUUGAAUUUUACAGGGCUUAGUUUAGUUUAAUCAUAUUUUGUUGCAAGUAUCACACAAGACAUGAUAGUAUAUGUACCUCAAGACAUGAAUAGAUAGAUAUAUAAAUACAACAGUCAACAAGCAGUACCUCAAAACAUAUAAAUACUACAGUACAUCAAAAUACAUUUGGUAGCUUUGCAGUGGUGUGGUAUUACAAAAGGGUUGGACCACAAGUUUUACAAUAAUAAGAAAUCAGUCUGUCCCUUUGCUUGGCUGUAGUCAAAACCUGAAAAAAGGUAAGAAAACAUUCUGCUGUCAUGUAAUAAAACACUGAAUGGUUUGACAGUAAAUAGUAAACUGUUGACUGGCAAGCCAUUCAGUUAGUGUAUACUUUUAUGGUACGUUAUUUUCCAAUAUAUCAUCACAUUUCUGUAUUUUUGCAUUUAAUGAGAAAAAUGUACAUAAUAUGGUCGAAAUUGCUUUAAGACAUAUAUCAAAUCUAGCGCACUUCUUUUGACUCUAUAAUUUGCACCUUUUAGUAAAUUCUUGUUUUUCAUGCCCCUUGUGUUAUAGACCCAGUAGACAUAUAGUGUUUGAAUUGUCGGUCCAUCUGUCUGUUACACUUCCUUGUGUACUGAAAUAAAACUGUACAUCAUCAACAUGAAGUAGACAUGCUUACUUUUUUGGAAGUUUUGAACCCAACUGUUUGUCAGCUAUGACCCUUUUUUUCCUUUUCAGGGGACAUGUGUGGUACAAUGUUGACAUCAUUCUUCUUCACAUUUUUUUUUUCAUUUUUGCAAAUCUUUAUUUCCUUGAAAUUUGUGUAUAUAUUGUUUCUGAAAUUAUACACAGAGAACCAUGCAUACAUAUGCUUACACAUGUCUUUUAGACAACAAUCUAAGGCAGAUAAAGAUAUGUCAGCUAUUAAUUCAUAGACUGUUUACUAACUUGCACAAUUCCUUGUACUAACAGUCCAGUUGUUAUUGUCAAGAAGUAAAAUAGAGAAAAUCAUGUACUAACUCUGUUAGAUAUAGAGAAUGAUUAAUCCCAGAAAAACAUUGUCAGUUACAAGUUUCUUAUACCGAACCAGUUACAAUGACAUUUUGACUGAAGUAGCAAAGUUGUCAGUAUUUAUGACCAGCCUGUUAACUACUAUUUAUUUAUAUGAUCAUUACAUACAUUCCUUACAUAUAAGGUUAACUUUGUUGCUUACAUAUGAGGUUUACAUUGUUUGCUACAUAUAAGGUUUACAUUGUUCCUUAAUGUAAGGUUUAACAUUGUUCAUUGCACAUAGACCGGUAAACAGGUGGUAAGCAUACAUUAUUUAUAAUGAUUUACAUAGAAUGAUCAUUAUGGUAGUAGUAUAUAUCUAUGUUAGGUUUUGAAAGGAAUAUAACUUAUUUUUAUCCAGUAGACAAAUGAAAAUUAGCUAUUUAUAGAAAAUAAUGCACAAAGAUAAUAUUUCCAUAGUGUAGGUAUAUAGUAAUCAUAUUUCUUUAUUGAGUUAUAUUAGUAAGUCCGUCCGAAACUGCAUUUGUUUCAUUUAUAACUUCUGAAUGAUGUAACGGACUCCAAUGAAACUUCAUACAAAUGAUAAGCUUAUCGAGAAGGUGUGUCUCACACAAGUGAGGUCCGUACGGUCAUAGCAUUUUCAUGCACAUUCGUAUGUUGCAUUUCAUGUCAGACAUAAAUUUUUAUCAAUGCAAUGAAAGAUGAAACAAAGCUUUGAGCAGGGUAAGACUGUGUUGCCCAAAACUCCCAAGAUCACGGUGUUCGGUAGCAUAUAUAUAUAUAUAUUUAUUAUUUCUAUGUCUCAGCCGUUGUCUAGCAGAGAAAUUAAGAUGAGUGACCUUUUCCUAUUAAUUGAAUCAUUCUUUAUACAGAAAUAAUGUUUAGCAAAAGUGUACGUGUUUUAAUUUAUUUAAGACAUGACAAAGUGGUUAUGCAUUCCGCAGAACAAUAAAGAAUUAUUUUUUGGGACAUGUAACUGCUUACGAGUGUUCAUAGUAAUUAAACACUCUUCUGCCUAUAUAGUUAAUGUUAUAUCUUUUAACAGUAGAUCAUACAUGGAUUGGUUGCAUUAUUCCUUGGUCUUCAUAAGUAGGUCAGCAUGAUGUCACCUUAGCAUGCAUUAUUGAAAAUAAACAUGGUUUAUUAUAUCAGCAUUGUAGGUAAAUAAUAUUUCAGCAUGAGGUGCUGAGUUGCAAAGAUGCUAAAACUUGGUAUGUUUGAAGAAGAUGUAACUAAAAGAAUAUUAAAAUGCCUAUGUAUUGUUUGUCAAUGUACAUGUUUCGUAAUUUGUAGUGUAUAUAAUAUUGUUAAUCUCUUAAAGGGUUAAUCUCAUUGUAGAACGUUGGGGCUCAUUUUUACAUUAAAAUAAAUGAAUAUUUCUA